GACGUCCGCACCCGCGCCCCUGAGGCCGAGGACCGGACGGGCUCCGGAGCAGGUCGCCAGGCCGAUAAUCAGACCAAUGGCUUUCUCUGUGGUCCUUCAUCAAGUGACCUUCCUUCUGGCAGUGCUGUCCCUGAGGACUUCCCAAAGUAAAGUCUUGGGGGAGCCUUUACAGUUGACUCCUGAGAUACACACAGUUUCUCUUCAAUCUGCACUUCAAGAAGCAAAUCUAGAAUGGACUGUCCCAACCUUUAGUCAUCAAGAAUUAAACAUUGUAUUUCAGAUAGAGAUCAGUCGGCUGAGAACAUCCAACACCAUUUGGGUGGGGAAUUAUAGCACCACUGUGAAGCAUGAAGAAACUGUGCAUUGGAAAUGGACAUCCGAUAUCCCCUUGGAGUGCGCCACACAUUUCAUAAGAAUAAGGGCUAUGGUAGAUGACGCCCCGUACCCUCCACAGAGUUCCUGGAGCAACUGGAGUUCCUGGAAAGAAGUUAAUGCACAAGUUUCAGUUCCACCUGAUACAUUAUUAAUAUUUCCUGAAGACAGACUGUUGGAAGAAGGUUCCAAUGUCACCAUCUGUUUGAUGAGUGGGCAGAAUCUAUAUAAUGUAUCCUGUAAGUUGCAAGAAGAGCCAAUCCGUGGAGAGCAACUUGAUUCACACCUGUCACUAAUAAAAUUGAAUAAUGUAGUGUUCCUUAACAACGCAGGGACAAACGUCAAUUGUAAAGCCAUGAAUGGUACUAAAAAAACAUUUGGUACUGUUCUCUUUGUCUCAAAAGUGCUUGAGGAACCUAAGAAUUUUUCCUGUGAAACCCAAGACUUUAAGACUUUGAACUGUUUGUGGGAACCUGGGAUAGACACGACUUUGAGUUGGCAUAAACAACGUUCCCAAAACUACACUUUAUAUGAAUCGUUCUCUGGGAGACGUGAGGUUUCUAACCACAGAAACUCGCAUACCUGGCAAAUCACUGAAGACUCACAGGAAACAUAUAACUUCACUCUCACAGCUGAAAACAACCUAAGGAAAAGAAGUGUCAGCAUCAGUUUUAACCUGACCCACAGAGUUCAUCCAAAGGCUCCCCAUGAUGUCACUCUUAAAAUUGUAGGUGCUACAAAAGCCCACAUGACUUGGAAGGUUCCCUCCCGUGGAGACUACACACUUUUGUGUCAGGUUGAACUCCAGUGUGAAGGAGCAGUGAUACAUGAGCACAACGUUUCUGUCCACACGAGCGCCAACUACCUCUUCAGUGAUCUGGCACCAGACACAGAGUACAAGGCUUGUGUGCGCUGUGCGAGUGCCCACCACUUCUGGAAAUGGAGUGACUGGAUGCAAAAGAAGUUCAGAACACCCGAGGCUGCCCCCUCAGAAGCUCUUGAUGUGUGGAGAGACGUGCGGACAGAGAAUGGAAGACAAGUUGUGACCUUAUUCUGGAAGCCACUAUUAAAAUCACAGGCCAAUGGCAAAAUCAUAUCCUAUAAUAUAGUUGUAGAAAAUGAAGCCAAUCCAACGGAGUCAGAACAGUAUUCUGUUCGGGCGCCAGCCCUUGGCACAAACCUGAGCCUGGACCUGCAUCCCUACAAGAUUCACAUCUCAGCCAACAACAGCGCGGGGGCAUCUCCUGAGUCCUUGGUGGUCCUUUCUAGUGAUUCUGGACAUGAAGAGGUCCAUGAAAAAACAAUUAAAGGUAUAAACAAUGGAUUCAAUAUUUCCUGGGAGCUGGUAUCUGGAGACGCGAUAGGCUAUGUUGUGGACUGGUGUGCACAUUCUCAGAACCAAUACUGUGAUUUGCAGUGGGAGAACGUAGGUCCCAAUACCACAAGCACCAUCAUCACCUCAGACGCCUUUAAGCGAGGGGUCCGUUACAACUUCAGAAUUUUUGAAAGAUCUGUGGAACAGAGUGUUCGGUUAGUAGAGAAACAAAGAGGAUACACCCAGGAAGUGGCUCCGUCGGUGAAUCCAGGAGUGACGAUUCAUAACUUGACCCCAAACUCCUUCAGUCUAAAAUGGCAGGAUUAUGCCAGCGACUUCCAGUCUGGCUUUAUAAAAGGGUACCUCGUAUAUUUGAAAUCCAAGGAGCUGCAGUGCAACCCAAACUGGGAGAGGACUGUUCUGUCAGAUAAGUCGGUGCUCUGUAAAUAUGACGUCGAUGACCCAGAGACAAAGACACUCACGGUGGAAAACCUUCGGCCAGAGUCCCUCUAUGAGUUUCUUGUCACUCCGUAUACCAGCGCUGGCCAGGGACCCAAUGAAACGUACACAAAGGUCACGACUCCAGAUGUACGCUCCCACAUGCUGCUGCAGAUCAUAUUACCCAUGACCCUCGGCGUCUUCCUCAGCAUCAUUGUGUGUUACUGGAAAAGUCAGUGGGUGAAGGAGAAGUGCUAUCCUGACAUUCCCAAUCCGUACAAGAGCAGCAUCCUGUCACUCAUAAAAUCCAAGAAGAAUCCUCACUUAAUAAUGAAUGUCAAAGACUGCAUUCCAGAUGUCCUUGAAGUUAUAAACAAAGCAGAAGGCAACAAGACACAGUGCGUAGGCUCUGGGAAACUUCACACUGAAGAUGUACCCACUAAGCCUCCAUCGGUGCCAACAGAAAAGGAUUCCUCUGGCCCCAUGCCCUUCAUCUUCCUUGAGAAUUUUACUUACGAUCAGUCAGCUUUUGAUUCUGGUUCUCAUGGCUUCAUUCCAGGACCCCUAAAAAACACACCGCACCAACUCGGACUAUUGGCUCCGCCUAACAAGUUACAGAAUGUAUUAGAAAAUGAUUACAUGAAGUCCCUGGUCGAAAGUCCAACUGAAGAAACUAGUUUGAUUUAUGUGUCCCAGCUGGCUUCACCUAUAUGCGGAGACAAGGACAGUCUUGUCACGAACCCACCCAUGCCAGUGCACGGUUCAGAGUAUAAAAAGCAAAUGGCACUUCCGGGGAGCCUCACAUCAGCUUCUCUGAAGGUGAACAGCUUGACCUCUUAGGCCAAGAUGAACAGUAAACACCAAGCUGCACCAACGCACUUCACACACUACAGGCACUUUGGGGGAUGUAGCUGGCACCAUACCAACACCACGUGCCCUGGCCUUUGGCCCUGGGGUGCUCAUUAUCCGCAGUGUUAUUUAUCAACGACCACUACAGACUGGCAGACUGAAGACCAGAACUUUACAAUGUGGUCUCCAUUCACCCCGAAGGGCUCCUUAGAACUGGCAGGAUCCUGGAGCAUGCUGACCUUAUUAGUCAGGCUUGCCCUGAUUGCAGUACCCCUGAACUUGCCCUAGGGUAGACGCCAGUCAUUUCACAGAGCCUACCUACUCAGAACUGCACAACGCAGCUCUGGUCCUGGGAUUUUGGUUUGCAGUGAGAAAAACAUCUUCGUGUAAACUUGACCUCACGCUUAAUAGUUUAAGGGUGAAAAUAAGUGGAUCAGAUGUUUGAUGAGUGCCACAAGAGACUGAUUGCUUUUAUUGUAUAGAUUUAUCACAUUUAAUGGAGAGGUUACAAACUGGACUUUGGCCAUACCUUGAAAUGAGAACUUGUAGUCACUGAUAAAGGACAAAGAACUCUCUUCGUGUCUACACUGAACCUAACCAGAGAUGUAGAAAUGGAGAGGAGGCUCUUCACAGGUCUCCCGCUGUCUAGCUUAUGGCAGUAAACCAGGAGAGCAAAGAGCUCCACGCUUACUGUCCAGGUGACUCUACCCUGUUCAACAGACUUCAUUCUUCUUUAGUUGUUGACUACCUCAGAAGAGAAGAAAAGGACAUUUCACAGAGUGAUGCCUUUUACACAUAAUACACCCCCCCCCACACACACACUGCAUCUAGAGGACCCACUUCACAAACUAACCUCUGCUCUUUGCACGCUCGGUUGUCUGGCUCACGAGAAUUCCGUCUCACAUUCCUGUCGUGCUAAAAUGCCCUAGUACCGGGUGCAAUUUAGCUAGAACUUUAAAUGUAGAAGUCAGUUGUGUUGGCUCCGAAUUCAUGUCUUUUGACAAAAUACACUUGGUCCUAUCUGUGGGUUCCACAUCCAGACUCAACCAACCUCAGAAAGAAGAUAUUCAGGAAAAAAUAGUCUGUACUAAACUCAUGUAUUUUUCUUGUUAUUCCUUAAGGUAUUAAUAAUUUCCACAGCACUUACACGCACCAGGCAUUAUGGCACAGCAUGAAGAACACCCACUGUAUACAAUGCUAUUUUUAGGUAAGGCCUGAAUUCCUGCAGAUCUUGGCGCUCCUUUAAUUAACUCCUGGAAAGUGCCAUAAAGGAAUGACUAUAUGGAAUGGCUGAACACAUACAUUGGUUCCCUCUUCUUAACGCUUGUCACAUUGCAGAACAAGGUGGAAAGGUAUUCUUUUUUCUUGUUGUUAGCUAAGCCUAAUAGGAGUGAUGACUUUGUGCACAUGUGUGGCUGUUAAGUGCAUGUGGUCAUAGAACAUAUAGUAAUAGUAACCAUGAAUGUUCUACACAAGCUGUCCAAUCUUCUCUUUACAGAAUAGAAGCCUUUGUUAGAAAACAUGGCUAAACCCAACCCAGGACCAGGCAGGAUCUUGAAUAGUCUAGGUGGGAGAAGACUUUGCUCAGUAUUAUGUUUUCCUGUCAAUGGAUUUCUCACCAGAAAUGUUAAUGACAUUUGUGAUGUUUUUCAUUUCAAUUUUGUUUAAAAAACAAUCCACAAAACAUUAUUUUUUUUGCUGUUUCAAUAAAGUCCAAAUUAAAACAUG